AUGGUCUCUUCAGAGGCUAUAAAGAAUGCUUCCCUGAUUAUCCUCAGUCUUCUGUUUCUUCCUCUGGACUCGUUCAUUGCAACUUGCUCAUAUCUUCUCGGAUGGGUAUCUAAGCCAAAAGCCAUCCGACCGGGCCACCAGAAGCGCAAUGUGCUUGUUACUGGGGUUGGUAUGAGCAAAGGCUUGUUCCUUGCCAGAGCCUUCUAUCUUGCCGGUCAUCGAGUGAUCGGAGCAGACUUUGAACCUGACGGAGCUCUAUCUAUUGGACGCACCUCAAAGUCCUUAUCCCGCUUCUACCACUUGCGAGCACCUGCCGGCCAAGAUGCCUCCACCACAUAUGUCCAGGACCUUCUUCGAAUUGUGCUCGCCGAGAAGAUUGACUUGUGGGUGAGUUGCUCAGGAGUGGCAUCCGCUGUCGAAGAUGGACAAGCCAAGGAGAUAAUCGAAGCGCGGACCCCCUGCAAAGCCUUGCAAUUCGAUAUCGAGACUACUCAAAUGCUACAUGAAAAGCAUACAUUCGUUGAACACGUCUCAAAAUGUGGCUUGACUGUGCCGGAGACCUAUGCGAUUACGACUCGAGCUGAUGUUGAGCGGAUCUUGCGUCGUGCUCCAUCUGGGCGGCACUACAUCAUGAAGACCAUCGGGGUGGUCGAUGCCGUUCGUGGUGACAUGACACUGCUCCCUAAAGAUACCCAUGACGAGACUCUGAAGCACCUGCAGCACCUACCGAUUUCAGAGGAAUGUCCAUGGAUCUUGCAGCAAUUUGUGCAGGGCGCUGAGUUCUGCACUCAUUCCGUGGUCGUCAAUGGACGCGUGAAAGCGUUUGUGGCAUGCCCAUCAGCGGAGCUACUCAUGCACUACCAGAUGCUUCCUCCAGACUCCGCUUUAUCGUUGGCAAUGCUUGCAUUUACCGAGUCUAUCGCUGCACGGGGGGGUGAGGGUUUCACGGGGCACUUGUCAUUCGAUUUCAUGGUUGAAGACGCCGAUCUGAAGUCUAACAACCCUACCUUGUAUCCAAUCGAAUGUAACCCCCGAGCGCAUACUGCGGUCGUUCUCUUCAAUGGCACACACAGGAUGGUUGAUGCAUACAUGUCUUUACUUGGAAACGCCGAAGCGGAGGAGGUGAUCUUCCCAGCUCAGACGGGAGGUUACAAGUAUUACUGGGUUGGUCAUGACUUGGCCACCAAGCUCCUGCUGUCAACGGUCGGCUUAUGCACCCUUUCUAAGGGAGUGUCCGCUGUUCUCAGCGACUACAUCGCUCUCGUGAGCCACCUCACGCUCUGGCGAGACGGCACGUUCGAGCUCUGGGAUCCGUGGCCGUGGUGGUGCUUGUAUCACAUUUACUGGCCGGUGCGAUUCUGGCAUUGCAUCAGGACCGGGACCGGCUGGAGUCGUGUCAAUGUCAGCACGACCAAAAUGUUUGAGAAAUAA